CGCUGUUUCCGUGUCUGUUCCGUUGUCCCGUUUCGUACAGCCCGUUUUGGCGGGAAAAUCGUUCACCCGCUUGCUCUCGUAACGAUGAACGACAAGAGACAGUGCACAACAAUAGCGCGAUUGGUGGUGGCGGCGCUUGCUGCGCUGGUGAUGAUGAUGACAGUGACGAUGAUGGUGCAGUCAGAAGCACGCGCGGGUGCUGAUGUUUGGCAUCACCGCGACACGCCACCAGUCAUUCAUUUGGUCAUGAGUGCCGAUGGAAGGCGCUGGCCACACGCCCUGCCAACCAUCAAUUCGGUUCUCCUGAACACGAGAGCGGCAGUCACGCUGUAUGCCGUCACAGACGCGCCAUCUGCCACCCGCACGGAGGUGUUGCUCAAGCGCGCAUUCCCCAAGCUUCCCAUCACCGUCCGCGUGCUAACCGAAGAGCUGCUUUCCAAAGACAAGAUCAAGAUCAGAGGCAACCGCCAGACCCUCGCAAACCCUAUGAACUAUGCGCGCUACUUCAUACCCGACCUUUUCCCUGAGAUUGAAUCGCGCUUCAUCUACCUGGACGACGAUGUCAUUGUGCAAGGCGACAUCCUUGAGCUGUGGGAGGUGGACAUGCUUUCGCGAGGCAUUGCCGUGAGCACGGACUGUUCCGACACUGCCCAGCAAUACAACAUGUUCCAAAACACAUACGACAUGUUCAUCAACUUUAACAGCCCGCACAUCCAAGCUCUCAAUAUGGAUCCAAAGGCGUGCAGCUUCAAUGCGGGUGUGUUUGUGGGUGAUGCAGCUGUGUGGCGGCAAGACAGCACCACCCAGCAACUGGUGGCAUGGCUCGAACUCAACACCAGGGAGAACGUGUAUGGUGGACAGGGUGCUGGUGGCGGCUCACAGCCUCCCAUGCUCAUUACCUUCUACAACAAGUACGCAUCACUGCCUGACUUGUGGCACAUCCGCGGACUGGGAUCCAACACGGGGAAGCACCUGCCAAGGGAGCUGCUUGAGCGAGCACAGCUGCUGCACUGGACAGGGCGGAACAAGCCAUGGAUGGCAGAGGCAUUUGGGGAGUUUGUAUCAUUCUAUGACCACUACAAGCUCAACCCGUAAACGAAGCCCAAGAAUAAACAGACAACAGCGCG